GCGGGCGCAGGGGGGUUGUGGUGGCCCCGCGGCGCGCGCACAGCACCGGGUGCAGCCGCCGCCGUCGCCUCAGCAGCAGCAGCAGCGCCCGGAGCCGCCCGCCCGCUCCGUUCCGUCCUCCUUCCUCUUCCUCCCGCCGUCACCCUUCCCACAGCCUCCUCUACCCUUCCCCUCCCUCCCCCCUCCAGCCCCGGCGAAGAUGGUGGACCGCGAGCAGCUGGUGCAGAAGGCCCGGCUGGCCGAGCAAGCCGAGCGAUACGACGACAUGGCGGCCGCCAUGAAGAACGUGACGGAGCUGAACGAGCCUCUGUCCAACGAAGAGAGGAACCUGUUGUCCGUGGCCUACAAGAACGUGGUGGGGGCGCGGCGCUCCUCUUGGCGGGUCAUCAGCAGCAUCGAGCAGAAAACCUCGGCCGACGGGAACGAGAAGAAGAUCGAGAUGGUGCGAGCCUACCGUGAGAAGAUCGAGAAGGAGCUGGAAGCCGUGUGCCAGGACGUGCUGAGCCUGCUGGACAACUACCUGAUCAAGAACUGCAGCGAGACGCAGUACGAGAGCAAAGUCUUCUACCUGAAGAUGAAAGGGGACUAUUACCGCUACCUGGCCGAGGUGGCCACCGGGGAGAAGAGAGCGACCGUGGUGGAGUCUUCAGAGAAAGCUUACAGCGAAGCUCAUGAGAUCAGCAAGGAACACAUGCAGCCCACCCACCCCAUCCGCCUCGGCUUGGCUCUUAACUACUCGGUUUUCUACUACGAGAUCCAGAACGCUCCGGAGCAGGCUUGUCACCUGGCCAAGACGGCCUUCGACGACGCCAUCGCCGAGCUCGACACCCUCAACGAGGACUCCUACAAGGACUCAACGCUCAUCAUGCAGCUCCUCCGCGACAACCUAACGCUCUGGACGAGCGACCAGCAAGACGACGACGGCGGCGAAGGCAACAACUAAGCCCAAACCCCUCCGUCCUCACCCGAGGUGGACUGGCAGCCGCACGCUGAUGCUCACCACUGCAGUCUUUAUUUUUUUCCCCACGAGUUGGAAAUUUGG